UCUCUCAGCAUUGAUGCCCAGACCGUUGGCCAUCUGACAGACUUGGAAGACGCUCUAAACGCCAUGGCCGUGAAGGCCUUGGCCCUGGAGGUGCCGUACUCCCGGACGGUGAUAUCUCCCAAAGGAGUGCAGCCGCUGUCCCUCUUUCACCGGAGUGUUACGGCUCCUUUGAGCCAGACUCCCACCAAUGCAGGCCAGGGCCAGAAAGUCUACCGAAGGCAGGCAACAGUUCCAGCAUCACCUGCUUCAGUGAUAUCAGGGUCUGCAGUUGCGCCACUAGCUGCAAGCCCAGCAGCACAGGCGCCAGCAGAACGACGCCCGCGAUGGGCCAGCAUGUCUGAAGGACCUGACACGAGUGAAAUUACAACGCCGUCCUCCGCUGAGGUAUGGCCAGCUCAAUUCACUCCUCCGGAACGACGCCCUCGAUGGGCCAGCAUGUCUGAAGGACCAGAUGAGUCGCCUGCAUUCCAGGUUCAGACUGAGCCAGGACGACGCCCACGAUGGGCCAGCAUUUCUGAAGAAGACGAGCUUGGACUUGGCCGCCCAAAGAUGGCCGAGUUGAAUCUCCAACCAACACCUGAGAGCCCUGCUGAAGAGACAAAGCCAGUCAGGGGCAUGUCAGGCUCGCAAAGUGAGUCUGAAGACGAAGAUGUAGAGGGGCCUUCGGGAAAGCAGUUUGUACGCCGGUACUCAUGGAGUGAGUACCCGACAACGCCGCUUUUUCUAGAGAUGGCUGCCAACAAGCCCAAGGCAUCUGGGACAGAGCCAAGGAUCGGAAUUGACAUUGGUGGUGUUCUCACAAGGGAAGGCGAUCCCAGGUACAGGGGGUCGUACGAUGAGUGGGACGAAAGUUGGGAGGCUGACGGCGCACUAGAUUCAGUUCGGAAGAUAGUCCAAGUUUUUGGGCCAUCCAACACCUUCCUGGUGAGCAAGGUUCGCCCUGGAGGAAAAAUGCAUCGGCGCAUGGAGCUGUGGCUCCACGAGACGUUGAAUUUCUGCGAAGAGACGGGUUUGCUGAAGGAAAACAUCAUUUUCGUGCGGACUGUGGAUGGGCCACAGGGAAAGGGCGUCGUUUGUGAAAAGCUUGGUAUUUCGCACUUUGUCGACGACAAAAUCGAGGUGCUAAAGUCAAUCUUCGAAGAUGAGGCUGGCAACAGUCGCCACCUGGUCGAGCGCUAUCAGGGACUGCUGUUCCACUUCUCCAAGGGCGGGUACUCUCAGGUGCCUCCGUCGAUUGAUACAAGCCAGCUAGCUCCCAUCAUGCGGCGACACUACAGGCCGGCAGCAAAUUGGACACAGGUCAUCGAGCAACUGCGGGAAAAAUUGCCCGGACAGCUUCAUUCGCGUCGGGAGCUUCUGACGCCUCCUGUCAUUAGGCCGCCAGAGCCAGUAAUGAUGAGAGCAGAAACACGCCCACCAGGUCCUUGGGAGAAGGUAUCUCAGAGCACCUCCAACAAUCCAGAGCGAGCGCUGCAAUGGUCAACUGAUGGCAGGCCCAAGCUUGUCUUGAAGCCUCGAAAUCCUGCACUGGCUGCGCCGAUUGCAACUGCCCCCUCGAGCACACAACAACCACAACCGAAACACACCAUGAAGUCGCCAGAAAUCCCACUGCGUCCGCAGUCCCAGCUGCAGCCGCAGGUGCAACUGCAGUCCCCGCCACAGGCACAACCCCAGCCCCAGACGCAAGUGCAACAUCCAGCCCGACCCCAGGUGCCGCAGGUGCAGCAGGUGCAGCAGGCUUCGGCCCCUCAAGCAGAUGCACCCAAGCCAGCUUGGUCACAGAUAGUCCAAGGCCUUGCCGCUGCCCCAGUCCAACAGGUUCUAGUGUCCCAAUCCAGGCAGCGAGCCAACACAGCUCCAAGCCCGACGAACCUAGCACCAGCCGUUCCAAUGCAAUGCAAACAGCAAGUGCCGGUCCAGAGUGUGGGUUCACAGCAACGAGCUUGCUCCCCGCCCGUCACGCAGACACUGGUGGUAGGUGCGGUGCAACAAGCUGUGCAGAAUGGGGUGGUAUCUCCCAGUGGCCGUCCAAAGCUUCAGUUGAAGCCGCGAGACCCAAGGCUUGGACCUCCAGGACAAGCUGCCAGUGCAAAUGCACCCGUGGAGCAAUCACAGCCCGCUGAACCACCACCUGCCCAACCUGCAAUGCAGCCUGACCCAGCUGGAGGACGGCCCAGGUUGGUUCUCAAGAAGCGAACCGAACCGCCACCAGCUGUGGCAUCAGUGAACCCAGCGGCCGUACGUGUAUCCUCUCCACCUGCGCGACCUGCUCCUGCACAGACGGCAUCUCCAGGAAUGCGCCCAGCACCUGCACCAGCAGUUCCACCGCCUAUGCCCAGUCAGGAUGCAAGUCUCUCAGCCUGGGAAACUAGUCGUAUUUUUUGCUGGAUGCUUUGCACGCGUUGUCAAAUUCUAUCAAGGCCACCCAUGGGUGAUGCUCUGAGCAAUGAAGCCGCACAAACGUGUUGAGCGCGAAGCAUGAUCCAGCAGCGUCAGACUCUGCAGGUCUUGCGCGAAAGCACCCGCAGCAUUGCAGAAGGAUCCUGCUGGUGGACGCCCGCGCUUGGUGUUAAAGCCGCGCACGUCUGUGAAAUGAUGUCUCUUGGGCGAUGAGCCCAGCUGUUAACACAAGGCCAGUCGAGAAGACUACGCCUAGUUUAGCUACCGUUUGAAAAAAGGCAAUGCGUUCUGGUUGGACAAUCCAGCAGGACCUGGCACUCGAUUAUUUUUGACACUGGAAGCUAGAUUCUUCAUCCCAGUGUCGAUUUCAAAUCGGUUGAGUCGCCUUCACAGC